GGCCAUUCUCUCUCUCUUUCCUCUCGCUUUGGUUUCGAUCUCUUUUCUCUCUCUAGGGAUAACACCGGCGAUGCAGGCGGCGGCGGCGGCAGAGCAGCAGGCGGCGAUGGGACCUAGGCCGCAGUGGGUGGCAGCGAUGAGGUAUCCGGCGACGGCGUUGAUGAUGGCGCCGCCGCCGCCGCCUUAUGGGGGGCCGCACUUCAUGCCCUUCCACCCACCGCCGCCGCAAGCGGCGGAAGCUGUGGUGGGUGGGACGGAGGAGAACAAGACGAUCUGGGUGGGGGAUUUGCAUUACUGGAUGGAUGAGGCUUACCUCAUGAACUGUUUCGGCUACAUCGGACAGGUUGUCAAUAUUAAAGUUAUUCGAAAUAAGCAGACUGGACAGUCAGAGGGAUAUGGAUUUGUGGAGUUUGUAUCACAUGCAAUGGCUGAAAAAGUUCUUCAUACUUUGAAUGGCGCUGCUAUGCCUAGCACAGAUCAGCCUUUCCGUUUAAAUUGGGCUACAUUUAGCAUGGGUGAUAGGCGUUCAGAUGCCGCUUCUGAUCAUUCUAUAUUUGUGGGUGAUCUAGCUUCUGAUGUUACUGAUACCAUGUUGCAAGAAACGUUUGGCAGUAGAUAUUCCUCAGUGAAAGGUGCCAAAGUUGUUAUUGAUGCAAAUACCGGUCGUUCAAAAGGUUAUGGGUUUGUGAGAUUUGGUGAUGAUGAAGAAAAAACACGUGCUAUGACUGAAAUGAAUGGUGUAUACUGCUCAAGUAGGCCCAUGCGAAUUGGUGCUGCAACACCUAGGAAAUCCUCUGGUGGUUUUAGUUCUAAUGCUGCACCUACGCAAGGUUCCCAGUCAGAGGGAGAUACAACUAAUACUACAGUGUUUGUUGGGGGUCUUGACCCUGAUGUCAGUGAAGAUGACCUUAAGCUGGCCUUUUCUCAAUAUGGCGAGAUUUCCUCUGUCAAAAUCCCUGUUGGGAAACAAUGUGGUUUUGUGCAAUUUGUCCACAGAAACAAUGCUGAGGAAGCAUUGCAGGGUCUACAUGGAAAGGUUCUUGGAAAGCAGACUGUUCGCCUUUCAUGGGGUCGCAGUCCCGCAAACAAGCAGUUUAGGGCUGAUUAUAGCAAUCAGUGGAAUGGCAUGUACUAUGGAGGGCAUCUUUAUAAUGGAUAUGGUUAUGCGAUGCCACCUCAGGAUCCCAGUAUGUAUGCUGCUCCAUACGGGGGAUAUUCCUUCUACGGAAACCAACAACAAGUGAGCUGAAAUGGAAUUACCGUAACCGGCUUAGUUGUAGCGAGCGAUGAUAAAAUUGUAGACGGUCUAGGUAAUUAAGCCACCAAUCCAUCCAUCCAUCCAAUGUCUGGAAAUGUAAAACAAAAAACCCUUUAGUAGACUGAUUGCUGUCUCCUGUCUGAGAUUUUGUCUUAUUUUUAUAAAUUUUGACUAGUCACCCUAAAGAAAAUUGGAUUGCUUGAUUGAAUUAUGCUAUUUAUAUUCUAUUGGUGUGGUGUUUGGCAAUGUAAACCCAGGCCUCUUUUUCCAGUAAGAUUGCAGACAUUGCUAUAAAUUUUGGCUUGAAUUUUUC